CGGGGCCAGACUCCAGCGGGGGUCACGAGGUCAGUCGGCUUCAACUUAGCCUAUUAUCCAUCAUAACCAUUCAUAUUUACCCAACCCCUCCGCGGGUAAUAAGGGGAACUCAAUCUGGCUUUCCCUCACUUCUCAUCGCAUCACAAUGUCCGAUAAGCACUUCUUCAACGACCCCACGGGCCUCGUCGAGCGCGCCCUGCGCUCCUACGUCGCACGAACCCCUCACCUCCACCUCGACGAACCUCACCGGGUCGUUUCAUCAAAGACACAUUCCAAAUCAAAGGUUGCCAUCAUCUCCGGCGGCGGAAGUGGCCAUGAACCCGCGUGGACGGGCUACGUCGGCGAUGGAAUGCUCAGUGCCGCCGUCGCUGGCGGGAUCUUCGCCAGUCCGUCGACGAAGCAGGUCAUGGCUGCGAUCAACAGUGUUCCAUCGGACGAGGGUACGAUUCUCUGCAUUACAAAUUACACGGGCGACCGGCUUCAUUUCGGACUCGCGAGGGAAAAGGUGAAUGCGACGGGGCGCAAGAUCGCGCAGAUUGCCAUGGCGGAUGAUGUGUCGCUGCCGCGGAGUAAAGUGCAGAAUUUGGGGAGGAGGGGGUUGGCGGGGCAUGUUAUUAUCCUGAAACUUCUCGGUGCGGCCUCUGAGCUCGGCUGGAGCUUCGAGGAUUGUCUGCAGCUCGGAGAGGAAACCAACGCAAACAUCGCAUCUAUUGGAACGAGUCUCAGUCUCUGCCAUGUGCCGGGAAGAGAGCCCGAUGACCGCGUUGCGCAGGAUGCUUGUGUUUUGGGAAUGGGCGUGCAUAAUGAGCCGGGGCUUCGCACGAUAUCGCCCAUUCCUCCACCUAGCGAGCUUGUAAAGACAAUGCUCGAGUAUGCGCUAGAUGCAAACGACCCAGAGCGCAACUUUGUCACAUUUAACCCCGGCGACGACGUAUGUCUGCUUGUCAACAAUCUCGGCGGGCUCUCAACACUUGAGAUCGAGGGGCUUACACAGGUGAUAUUGGAGGAGCUCGCAGCUGUAUACGACAUCAAGCCAUCGCGGAUAUGCGUCGGGUGCUUCGAGACAUCACUCAACGGACCAGGAUUCUCCCUUUCGCUCUGCAACCUCUCUGCCAUCUCAAAGGCGACGUGCCGCCCGCUAGACACAAUCAAGGACUUACUCGAUGCCCCUACCACAGCUGUCGCCUGGCCACGCUGUUCAUACACGACUCAAGGACCAAAGAUCAACGAGACUCUUUCAGCCCAAGAAGCGCCCGGAAACGGCGUCGUCUUCAUCCAAGACAUCACAACCAGCCCCGCAGCUCCCGCUUCUCUCCUCCCAGCACUAAAGUCAGCCUGCCAAGCUGCGAUAACCGCAGAGCCGGAUAUCACGCGCUUUGAUAUGAUGAUGGGUGAUGGCGACUGCGGUGAAGCUGUUCGUGAAGCGUGCCAGGCACUGUUGGCUCGAUUCGAGUCCGCACCCUUUACACAGGAUCCCGUCCCACUUUAUCCCGCACUCGACGCCAUCAACGAGACGCUAGAGGAUAUCGGCGGGUCUCUAUUCGCCAUCCUCUCAAUCCUUUCAACGGCCUUUGUUGCCGGUCUCAACAAAACAGAAGAUGUAUCCGCCACUGCCGUCGGCAAGGCAGCAGGAAGCGCCAUCGGGUCAUUGCUUAGGUACACCGGUGCUCGCGUCGGAGAUCGCACCUGCAUGGACGUUUUGAUUCCGGUAUGCGAGGCGCUGCAGGAGGGAGCUGGCCUGGGGGAUGUGGUGCGGGUUGCGGCGGAAGCUGCUAUGGCGACGGCGAGCAUGAAGCCCCGGUUUGGUCGUGCGACGUAUGUAGGUAAUAAGGCGGAUGGGGAUAUGCCUCCCGACCCCGGCGCCUAUGCGAUAGCGAAGUGGUUGGGCGGGUUUUCGGAGGGGUGGAAUGCUUAAUGAUUCAUCGGGUAGUUUCUAUGGUAAUUGAGGUUACGUGCCAUCAUACUGUGCUACGAGAUGUCCGGAGACGCUCUGGUGGAGUAAACGGAUGAUCAGCUCGUAGGGCUAUCUAACCAUACUUCGCAGGUAUGGAAGCGGAAGCUGUAGAACACUCUCAGAGGUCGGUCUAUGGUCCAUAUCAGAUAUACCCUAUUGAAUCGAAUCAUGGGCAGACCAAUCCCGCCCCUCCAUGGUAGCUGCAAAUUCCAACUACUAUUUCACCAGUUCAUUACGCCACGCUGCGAAGAUUCGCCUCCAUUGGCCGCGAAUAGAUAGACUGCACAGGUCGGAAGCCAAAUGGCGUUCCUGGGUGAUCGGUUCAUAUAGCUCCUUCAGGCGAGAUAGUAAAGAGACCCCUAAUUCAACGCAUACACCGCAAGCACCACUCUGGCCUGGUCAAUCCCUCCUCGCAUCCAAAAACUCCUCCUUCAGCAACCCCAUAACAACCACGUCAAGCACAACCUCCGCCUUCUCAACAGCCUUCCUCUUCCUCCCCUCAGGUUUAAACCCAACCUUUUCAAGCACCCUAAAACUCCCUAUAUUUCCUGCAAAAACCUCCGCUUCCAACCUGCCCACAUGCGCAAACUCCUCGGCCGAAAACACCCACCGCGUGAAAACCUCCAACGCCUCGCUCGCGAUCCCUCUCCCCCAAUGCGCCUCGCCCACCCAGUACCCGAUUUCCAUCGUCCGCCGGUAAAUGUCGUCUUUUUGCUUCAGCCCGAUCCCACCGAUGACGGUGCUUUCGCUCUCGUUCUCGCCAGCGGUAGAUGCUGUCAAGGUACAGAUCGCAAAAUCAAGUCUCGGCGACUGCGCCUCUGUAAAUGUGAUCCAGGACUUUGCGGCGUCCAGCGUAUAUGGAUUCGGGAAGGCGUCGCGCAUCCAUUUUGUGAUGAGCGGGUUGUUGGCGUGGUGCGCGAGCGAGGGCGCGUCGGUUGGGUUGGUAUGCGUCAGCGGGCGGAUGAGGCAGUGGGAUUUGGGGAGGGGGAGGUUGAGGGGUUUAGAAUCCGUGCUUUUUGUGGCCAUUGUUUUGUGGUGGAUGUUGCUUGUGAUGGAGCUUUGCUUCAGGGUGGCAGCGUAGACGGCCUGUCGAUGUCGUCCUCUUGUUUUGCGUAUAGCGAAUGAGUAGUGACGCUUAAUGCUGCAAAAUAUUUGUCAACGCAGAAUCCGGGAAAAGUCGUGGCCCGUUGCAGGGAUAUAAGUAAGACAGAAUGUAACCAUAGACUGACUCGCCCUUGUUAGUACAAUCACGCGUUUGGGGGCUAGGGUCAGGCUAGCCCGUUCAAUGCCCCAUGAUUAAUAUGUUGGAUCACCUAGGGGAUUUGAUCCGAUAAGGAUCUUGAUCUUCAAAGUCAUGGUCGCAAAUCAACAUUGCUCCAGCAGCCCAGCUUGUAUACCCCGACCACAG